AUGGAUCAAAACCCUAACAUCGAAGUAAUUCAAGAGUCAUUAGAAAAAGAUGAUUUGUUAAACAGACUAGAAAAAUUUAGUGUUUUCUUAGACACCUUGGUUUAUCGUAUUACUGAAGAGGAAAUGCCUGAAGAAGAUGUGUCUAAAAUUGUUGAUCAUAUUAAAUUACAGAAGAAAAUAUAUGAACAUGCGCAUAACUUAUAUGACACGGUAAAAGAUGAAAAUUAUGAGAAAGAAAAGGCAGAGGCAAAUUUAAAUAUACUCAAAGAAACACUUGAGGAAUAUAGCAAAUUUAGAAAUUUUCAAAAAUAA